CGCUACCAUAAAGUAGAGACUUGUUUUUUUUUCGUUAAGUUUGGGAUACCCAGCCUGGCGACCUCGACUGUGGUCCAAGUCUCCGCUUAUUAUAUCAUUGCCAGUGAUCACAGUGGCAGAUCCGCCAACACAAUUUGAUGCACUCCCCACUGAGCAAGGAAAGUAAAAGCACCUCGUUGCUCGCGUUCUGCUCACUGCCCGCCACGAAAGUGAGCGUGCACCACGCAUUUUCAAAUUCUCCCCCCAAAAUUUCGAACGCUUCGAGUCACAUUCGAAAACCCUUCGCGCUCUCGAGUCGUUUUCUUUCUUUUUUUUUUUUUUCAUUUUAUUUUUUAAAUCGUGCGUUGAACCUGGUUGUAGAGUGCACCGUCCUCUAGUUCUUAUGUGGCUAAGGCAUGUUAUUGUACGCUGUCAAACAGUGAAAGUGGCGUGACGUAAGCGUUGCAUUAGAACAGAUAUUAUGGCGGAUAUCGGUGGCUCCGGGAAGCGAUGUCUCACUGUUAUCGGUAUUUUCCUACUUACAGAAAUAAGAUGCCAGUACCCUGUCCACCAUCCGGUUUCUUUCACACGGAGAACGGCUGAAUGGAAUCCUCACGUACAGCAAAGAAAUCCGCCAUGGCAUCAGUUCUCUUCGCCGCGAAAGAGAUCACCAGAGACCAUGCCGUUGGCGUACUACGAUGGACCACCGAGAACUCAACCCUUCUCAUACAAUCAGAGCCCUUACGCGUCACAAAUUGGCAGGCCCCAGAAUUUCCAACCAUAUACAAGUAACUACGAAGGCAGGUCACCAUUCGAUCUUGUCCGUGCUGAAACUAAUGUAAACCCAAAUGAUGGAAGACUACUGUCAGAAACAGCGUUCACAAGGAUCUCAGAAACGCUUGGUGCCAUAAAUACAGUAGGACAUUAUCUGGUUGAUAUGGUAAAUGAAAAUGAAAGGAAUGAAUCAGAUCCGAACCUGCAACAACUACCUCAAGCUCUAUAUACAAUCAGCAAAAACGUCUUAGGCAGAAACGUAACAGACAAGAUAGCUCCUAUAGUGAAAAAAGCAUUGCCAAAAGUUCUUCCUGAUGCGCCAAUCACUAAGAUAGCGACUGGAGAUGUGAGCAGAGAUGACGCAAGAUAUUGCACUACUCCUGAGGGGGAAGAUGGUAUCUGUGAAGAUUUAAGUAACUGUCCUCAGCUGCUGCUUAACUUGGUGAACUUAAGAGAAUCGCUCUGUUUCAAAGAUUUAUUCGUGCCUGGAGUAUGUUGCCCCAAAGAUGCAAUUGUUUUGUCUACACCGGCUGCUGAGAAGCCAGUUUUGACCACAACGAGCAAGCCUACUUAUCUUGUACCUGUGACAACGCAGAGGCCCCUCCAGAAACCAACGAAGAAGCCUUCUGCAAUCUUGACACUCACUACAAAGAAGCCAAAGCCCGUGACAACAGCUACCACUUCCAGACCUACGACAAGACCUGCUACAACAACAACAGCGAUAACCACGCCUCGUCCGAUACCGACAUCCACUUUCUUCACCGUUCCACCUCCCAUUAUCGGAAAUUAUUCGAACAUAGUCGAUAUAAAUGAUUGCGGUCAGAGAGAAGACGAGGGUGGCCGUAUAGUUGGUGGCACGGAGUCCAAACCCGGGGCGUGGCCGUGGAUGGCAGCGAUCUUCCUGCACGGCAGCAAGCGACGAGAGUUCUGGUGCGGGGGCACCCUGAUCGCCAAGCGGCACGUUCUCACUGCUGCCCAUUGCACCAGAGAUUCUAAGCAGAGACCUUUCCCCGCGAGGCAAUUCAGCGUGCGUCUCGGAGACGUAGAUCUGGCUAGAGAUGACGAGCCCUCGAGGCCGAUCACACUCCGUGUCACCGAAGUGCGAGCUCACGACCAGUUCUCCAGGGUCGGAUUUUAUAACGACAUAGCUGUACUUGUGCUAGCUGAAAACGUUCAAAAAUCAAAAUAUGUGAUACCCAUCUGUCUGCCAACUGGAGAGUUAUCUCGGCAGCAGUUCGACGGGGCACUGGCCACCGUCGUGGGUUGGGGCACCACCAGGUACGGUGGGGGAGAGAGCACCAAGCAGCUGGAAGCUAAGCUGCCCGUGUGGAGGAACGAAGACUGUGAUCGGGCGUACUUCCAGCCCAUUACCGACACAUUUCUAUGCGCUGGAUACGCCAGAGGAGGCGUCGAUGCUUGUCAGGGCGAUUCCGGGGGACCGCUGAUGCUUUUAGCGAAUGGCCGGUGGACGCAAAUAGGCGUGGUAUCCUUCGGGAACAAGUGCGGCGAACCGGGAUAUCCAGGCGUGUACACACGGGCCACCCAUUACAAUAAUUGGCUACACCAGAAUAUUGUGUAGGGAUUUUUGUAUUUUUCAUUCGACUGCUGAAGAAACGAAGUUAAUGUGUUUGUAAAUAUACAGUCGCGGAUUGCUGUGAAAAUAAUAUAAUGUAUGCGCUUACAUCUAUAUUGGCGCUAUUACCCAUUAGAUCGAAUUAGAAAUGCUAUUUUGUGGACCGGAAUUUUUAUACCGUGACCCAUACCUAAUAGGUGAUAAAAGUUCACAGGGGAGAACGCUCUUUACAUUAUAUCCGCCUUGUACAUCCAUAUUUGUGCAAUAAAUAAUAAUAAAUCGACAAGAAGAGUGUGGUUAAUUUUUUUUUUUUUAAUAUUAGAAAUUGGAAACGUAUCGUCACUCUGACGCAUCGAUUUCCUAAAUUGUUCCGACCAAGGCGAAUCUUGGUGGGAUGGAAAGAUGGAAGGAUGGAAAGUCGUAAACUUUUUCUACUAGUUUCAUUUUUAUUUAUUUCACAAAAGUUUAUUCUAUAAUAAUAUGUACCUAUAGAUAAAAACUAAAACAAAAAAAUUAACGCGCUACCUGAUAGAAAACGGUAACCAUUGCUAAGCACAUGGAGUUACACUAAUAUGUUACGCCUACAUACCCAAUGAUUUUACAGCCAUUUCCCACACUUAGAUCUAAAAUACAGCCUUGCAAUCACAGAUGCUAUAUUGUUUAGCGACAAAACAUGAGUAGAAGUGCCCACACAUACAACUGUCUUGACAUAUUUUUUUUCACACACUAGCCAUCUACAUAUUUAUUUAUCUACAAUAUCAAUUCAUACUUACAGUUACCAAAUAAAAUAUUUAAUAAAUCGCCAUAAUUAGGUAAAUACUUUUUUCGUCAUUCAUUUACAUAAGAUUCUUAACUGUAAUUUAAUUUAUUUGGUUAUUUAGAGUGGUGCUAGACUGUUUAUUAGACGAUCGACUGCCUAACUUUAUAAGUUGUAUUUUUUUAGCGUUUUUAACGUAUUUAUUUAACAUGUUAUUGUAUUAAUAAAUAUAAUUCUAAAUAUUCAAGUCUUUUAUUCACGAUCCUAAUCCACAAAAACAAAGAAAAUUUAAGCGUCCUAGUAAUAUAGUCUUUUUAUGCAACUUGGAAUGGCAAACAAACCGACGGGCCACCUGAUAGAAAGUGGUAACUGCUUCUUAUGAGCAUGAACAGCGCCAUGAUCAACCCAUCACAGAUUAUAUGACCAUGGUAUC